UAAAUGGAGUCUCGCAAUGGCGAAGUUCAAGAGUUGCCUCCUCCACCUCCACCUCCACCUCCUCCUCCUCCUGUAAAUACCAUCCAUGAGCCUCUUGCUGCCGAGGAAACAAAGAAGAACUACCAUGAAGGAUGCCCUGGGUGCCGGCUGGAUGAGGUGAACAAGAUCAGCACCGGCAUCCCCUACCUCAAUUUCUUCUUCAUCUGGAUUAUCUGCCUCACUACUGCCGCUCUGCCCAUUCAAUCAAUGUACCCUUAUCUAUACUUCCUGAUCAGGGAUUUGAAAAUUGCAAAGCAAGAGCAAGACAUAGGGUUCUAUGCUGGAUUUGUUGGGGGAACUUAUUUCCUUACUAGAACCAUUAGUUCUGUGCCAUGGGGUAUAUUUGCUGACAAGUACGGAAGGAAGCCAUGCAUCGUGAUGAGCAUCAUCUCAGUGAUUGUGUUCAACACACUCUUUGGCAUUAGCAAGAGUUAUUGGAUGGCAAUUGUAACUAGGGGGUUGCUUGGGUUGCUCUCUGGUAUAAUAGGACCAGUCAAGGCCUAUGCUACAGAAGUUUGUAGGAAAGAACAUCAAGCUCUAGGAAUGUCUCUUGUUACAUCAUCAGUAGCGGCAGGUCUUGUUGUUGGACCAGCUAUUGGAGGCUUUCUUGCACAGCCUGCAGAAAAGUACCCACGUAUUUUCUCCAAAGAGUCUAUAUUUGGAAGGUUUCCAUACUUCCUCCCAUGCUUGGUCAUAUCAAUUCUAGCAGCAGUAUCAUGUAUCGCAUGCAUUUGGCUUCCGGAAACGCUGCACUUUCACAAGAAUGAGAAAGUAGACGCUGUUGAUGAAGUGGAAGCACAAGUUGGUCACUCAAACGUAGAAGGUGGAAAAGCUAAAGAAUCUGGUGGCACAUCUACAAAGAAUAUACUAAAGAACUGGCAAUUGAUGUCAUCAAUAAUCCUCUAUUGUAUAUUUUGUCUUCGUGACACAGCUUAUCUUGAGAUAUUUUCACUCUGGGCAGUGAGCAGUAGAAAAUUCCAAGGCCUGAGUUUGACAUCCCAGGAUGUUGGUCUUGUGCUAGUCAUUUCAGGUUUGGGUGUUCUGGUAUAUCAACUUGUUGGUUAUCCCUUAAUUGCCAGGUAUUUUGGACCAAUCAGACCAUUACGACCUGCUGCGGUCUUGUCUAUACUUGUCCUGGCAACAUAUCCCUUCAUAGCCAAACUACAAGGGCUAGAACUCAAAAUACUAAUCAACAUAGCUUCACUUUUGGGGAACACAUUUUCUGCUACAAUUAUUACUGCAUGCAACAUUCUGCAAAACACUGCAGUGACACAAGAACAGAGAGGUGUUGCAAAUGGCAUCUCUGUGACUCUAAUGUCAUUGCUCAAAAGUGUAGCUCCAGUAGCGGGAGGAAUUAUGUUUUCAUGGGCUCAGAAGCACAUGACUGGGCUGUUAUUACCGGGUGACCAGAUCUUAUUCCUGAUGAUAAACAUGGUGGCAAUAAUCGGACUAAUUUUGACGUUCAAGCCAUUUUUCUCUAUGUCAGAUGCAUUGAGACGUUUAUAAUAGUAUAUGAUUAGUUGUCACUUAGGGUUAAAUCAGGGUGGUCACCAUUUCACUGAUUGCAGACAUAAUAAUAUUUAAAACUGCGAGCGAUAUACUAUAUGGGUUUAUACUUUUCACAUAAUGUUCCAUUUUAUGAUCAGUGUGAAGGUGCUCUUAAA